AUGGGCCAUGUUGAUGAAGUUCGCAUAGUUGAACCUGCCAUGCAUCUGAAAAAACCAGCGGAGAUAUGGGUUAGGGUUACGAUGGACAUAGACAGUGAGAUUUCAUUGGUUCGAAAUGUUCAAACCAUGCACUCCUCUAAGCCCAUUGAGCGGGAGUUUAAGUACGAAAAGCUUCAAAAGUUUUGUUCUACUUGUGGAAGUAUGAGGCAUAGCUAUGAUGCUUGUCCUAAGGCGUCUACACCCAAUGAUACAGCUGGAGCUUUAAUGGAGAUUGGUAAUGAUCCUUUCAUUACUGCCCAAGAAAGGAGAGCAGCCAUUGAAGGUCUGAAUACAGGGCAGGACCUGGGAGAGAGCUCAGGAGCUGCACAACCAAUACCUCUUAUGUUGGCUCCUAUUUCUGAUUAUCUGAUGGAGCACGGAUUUGGUCAAAAUCCAAUUAGUUCUGAUGCAGAGACAAUAGUUGGAGUUAGGGAUGUAGAUAUGGAAGGCGCUGAUCAUAUUACUAAGAGAAAGAUGGAUGAGCUUGAGUUAACAGAAGAGAUGCCUGCUCCAAAAAAGACAUUUGGUAAGGAUAAGAGUGAUAAAGAAGAGAGGGAAGCUUCUUCAAGCAAGCAACAGACUGAUGGGCUCUCGGGAGGAUUAGCUAUUUUUUGGGAUCCACAUAUUCAGCUAAUCUUUGUAAAUACACCAUCUUUGUAUCAAACAGAUAUGAAAUGGAAGAGUAUGAUUGCACAAGUAGAAGCAGGUCAUUACAAUCAUAUGCCUAGAUUGGUUCUUGGAGACUUUAAUGAUGUCAAGUUUCCUCAUGAAAAGGAGGGAGGAGCGUACAGAUCAUAG